AUGGACCAGUGUGAGAAACGCGGGCAAUGGAGAGUCGCUGUGGACCUUUGGGAUCAGAUGCCACAGAGGAGUCUUCAGAGAAGCGUCGUUUCGCUUGGAAGUACUGUCAGUGCACUGGAGAGGGCCCAGCAUUGGCAAGACGCGCUUUGGCACCAUUGCUGCAUGAGAGAGGCGCAGCCGAGCAUGACCAGCAUGAUCACUUACGGCUCUAUGAUGUCAGCCUGUGCUCGGCAAAGCUUCUGGAAACUGGCUUUCCUCACCUUGCAGGAGAUGUAUCUUGAAGAUGUUCCCAGUGAGCUCUCCCUGGACGCAGCGGUUCGGGCCUGUGCCAGUUGCUCACAGCGAGCACAUGGCCUGGCACUGCUAUGGGAUGCUGAGGAGUCAGGUGCGCUCUCCAACAUGUCUGCGACCUUUUAUUUGCUGGCGCUCGCCAGACUGAACCUGCGAGAUCCUGACAUACUGCGGGCUGCCUUGCUUGAUGUCGUGAGAGACAUCCCAACCACACCCCAGGACUUGUGCAGUUCCGCUUGGUCCUUGGCAUCUCUGGGUGUCCGCUCUCCCCAGCUGUUGAAGGGCAUUGUCCAGCAGCUCGGGGACUUGAAGUCUUUCACUUGGGAAGCACUUGGAACGCUUUGUUGGUCCUUGGUGUCAUUGGCAGUCGACCCACUGCAGUCACUGCAUGAUUUGGAUGGUGACGACCAUUGGCAGUUCAUGGAGCUCCUACAGCUGGAAGCUGUUCAGCGCUUGAACCGAGCAGAGUGUGAGGUCCGUUGGGGGACACUUGGGCAACAUCUUCUUAGCAUGGUUUGGGCCUGUAGCUUGGGGCAAGCCUUGUCCUCGCGCUUCCUUUGUGCCACCCGAAACUUGCUUAGUGCCCAUGGUCGAAGCCGAGAUGAAAAUGGUGCCAAAUUGCCACGCGCUGAAUCAAAGCGAUCAAAGGGGAGGGAUGAGUGCCAGGAGCCUCUGACCAUCCCUUGCGAAUUGCCAGAUCGACUGGUCUUGUUCAAACCUCCAGGUUGGGAAGUGCACGACGGAAAUUUGCCCCAACAGCUUCGGGAUGCUUUGCAGAAGUGGCUGGAGGCAGCGGGGUCCAGAUCCAUUACGCAGGAUUCAAGUCACAGUUAUGGCUUUCUGCACCUACUUGAUGUUCCAAGUAGUGGCCUGGUGCUGGCAGCCAAGACAUAUGAGGCGUUCUAUGAUCUUCAAAUUCAGUUGGCUGCUGGUCGCAUUGCUCGCCGCUAUGUUGUGCUGGCGCAUGGCUGGAUGCCUCGAACUACACAGAAGAUCGAUGCCUUUCUGUGGUGGCAAGGUGGUUCACCAACAGUGGCAGGUGCCACUGGCAAGCCAAGUGCCACAGAGCUUCAUUGCAUGUCUCGUUCCAGUGCCUCCCACGGCGGCGCAUCAUUCAGCCUGCUGCGUCUUCAAAUCUUCACAGGUAGAAGGCAUCAAAUCCGAAGCCACUUGGCUUUCAAAGGACAUCCAGUGGUACACGAUGAGAUCUACAGCACUUAUCACACAGUGGGUGAGGAUCAGCUGCUGUGCACCCGGAAUUUUCUGCAUCGCUACAGCCUGACCUUCGACACGGCAAGGGGCUCGCCGACCACCGUGCGAAUGCCUUGCCCAGCGGAUCUGCUGACUUCGCUGAAGAAGGUCUUCCAUGGAUGCCAACCGGCCGCGGCCACUGCCCUGCGCGACUUUCUGAGGGAUGGCCAGAGCCAUGGGAUGAUCCAUGACGAUCCAUGA